CAAAGUUUGUUUCAACAAUUUUGGAAAUGCCUUCUUAUCACACCCUUUCCUCCAGUGAUGGUUCGGAAAAUUCUGAUUACGACCAAGCAGAUAACUCGACGGAAGAUAACGGUCCCCGAAAUUUUACUGAAGCAUCUAAUCGAACACUUGGUCAAGAUAGAACGUUCACAAAGGGGGAAUUGUAUGAUCUUUACUGCCGGCUGAGAGAUGAGCUUGAUCAAGUGAACAAAAAUUUUCACAUUGUUCAUGAAAAGUUGGGAGAACUAAAUAAGUCGCUAUCGAACUUGAGAAAAGAACACGAUGCUCUGGAAAAUAAAGUAAAUCGAUCUUCCGGUUUUUUCUCCAGGAUCUUAAAUGCGAUUCCAUUCGGAGGAAUGUGUCAGUCGGCGAUUCAAACUGUCCAAGAUGCAUAUAAUACUGUUGCAGCAAUUUUUUAA